ACUCUUCAGCGGGAGCGGUAGCUCCCCGUGACGUCACUCACUUCUUGGCGGACUUCACCCCUGAACUUCCAGACGCUCUAGCCGUUGCCAGAGACUCUAUGGUGAUCCCGGCUGGCCCCGGAGAUGCAGCUUACGGUGAAGGCAUUAAAAGGAAAGGAGACCAGCCUGCAGGUCUCUGAGAGUGACACGAUUCUUGCAGUGAAAAGACAAGUGGAGGAAAAGUUACAGGUGCCGGUAUCGCAGCAGAGGUUGUUGUUCAGGGGUAAAGCGCUGUCAGAUGAACAUAGUCUUUCCUUUUACUCCAUUGGACCUGGCGCAAGACUGAACCUAAUGGUGAAGGAGCGAUCAUCACCGGAGGUCGGAGGGAGCGCAGUUUGGAAAUCCCUGGCUGUCAUCCUGGGGAAGCACUUCAGCCCCUCUGAUGCAGAGAGAGUUUUGGAAUAUGUACAAAAGGACUACGAGCGCAGUCUGUGUCUUCUCAGCCUGGAUGACGUUGAACGACUGGCUACGCGAAUAAUUCACCCGCAGCUGCCAGAAGCAAUAGAUCUCGGAUUCCUGGACUGAACUCCUAAUACUACCGCCCCUCUCUUACACCCGUGUCGUCCUCGCCUGUACAGAGCUACUGAAUGGGAUCACAACUGUAAUAAAGAUACCAAAUGACCAGGAGCAGAGUCCAGAAAAGUUUUUUAUUUUGUUGCCUUUUAGGCUUAAAAAACAAGCAACACAAAAGGCCGAUUUUCAUUGUCUUUGGCAGAGCAUCGUACAUCAAUGUAUUAUUUAAAGGCUAUGUUCACCUUUGGGGGUAAUUUUUUUUAAAAUAUUGCAUUGUACUCAUUUUGAACUAUAAAUAUUUUUUUCAGUUGGUCUUUAUUAAAAAUUUUGAGCCUCUUUCUCUGUACAGCCUUGAGAUUCUCUAGUAGCGGGCUCUGUAUUUUUACUGUUUCUGUCAGGCAGCUCAGCCGAUGGCUCCUCAUCUCUUCCGUUAUAAACACUCAUUAUACCCAAAUUCUUAUCUUACUGAUGAGAAUGUGGGUUAAAUAAGUGCUUAUGAUCUAUUAGUAAAUUAGAGAUAAGGUUUAUUAGAUGACCGGGCACAAAGUGAAAGUAGGAUUCACACAGCUAGAAAACCAGUUAACCGUUUGUGACAGAAUGGCUCAAUAUUUUUAAUAAAGGCCAAUUUGAAAAAAUAUUUACCCCAAAAUGAGUAAAAUGCAAUAAAAAAUAUAAAAAUUCCCCCGAAGGUGUACAUAGCCUUUAAGGCACUUGUCAUUAUAUAUCUUAGGUGCACAGCAAAAAUUUCGAUACAAAAUAUUUUAUAAAAAUAAUAUUUAAUGUUUUCAAAAAUGUGGAAUCGGCGACUAUAUAUAAUUAAUUAAAAUGUCUAUUAUAUACAUGUAAAACAUCAUGAGAACUCUGAGUACAGAUAAUGGAGUAGGUGUUCUCUGCGGUCCUAUGUAACACCAUAGAUCAGGCUCUUCAACUGUUGCAAAACUACAACUCCUAGCAUGCUCUGAUAGGCUGUCCGGGCAUGAUGGAAGCUGUGGUUUUGCAACACCUUAAGGGCCACGUGUUUGACAUCUCUGCCAUAGAUAAAGCCUUGUAGGUAGUGAUUCUCCUUGGGGAGAGUGCCGCAGCUGGUGUAGAGAGUCUUAUAGACCAGGCAGUGCUCUCUGGGAAACAGGAUAUGCAGAUUAGCUCUCUAAGGAAAAGAAAGCGACCUCUGCGGUGCCACCUAGUGGAGGUAGCUACUCUGCAACAUAAUUAAGGAUAUUAGCCAACCCGAGGCUUGUCCAAAAAUAAAAAGGACUACUUCUGCAGACAGCUGUUUUUGCGCCUCACCAGUACGGAGCAGGGUAUGGAGUAGCACUGCCCACUGGACUCCUAAGCACAGAAUAAGCAGGGAUUUAAUUGA